AGUGAAUGGCUUACAAAAUAAGCAAAUGGAAAUCUAAAUCCAGACAGCCCCAUGAACAUCAUUUGUAAAAUUUUAUAUCCUGAGAUGCAACAGAGCAAUCCUAGCCCAGUGCAACAUGCAACAGGCAUUUUAGACACGGAAGAUGACAUGGACGAUCCAGUGUUUGACGAGCUCUUGGCAAAUAUUGGUUCUUCCUUGGCAGAACACACAGCUGUUGUUCUUCCAGACACCUUUGACUUAGAGGAACAAAUAAAUGAACUUAGUUACACAUGUCCCGUUACUGAACAACAGUCUAUGGUGAAUGAAAUAUUUGCAAGUUUUAUGGCUAAUGAACAAAUUGUUAGAUGCUUCUUAAACCAACAGUAUGACCGUUGCAUGAAGUUUUAUGCCCAAACUGUGAUUUCCGAACCAGGUAGAGAGAGUCCAGUUCCACAGUGUCAGUUAACUGCUUUUUAUAAACUGUGGCAAAGUCAUAUGACAUCAGCAGAGUAUGAAAGUGAGUGUCUUCCAUUAAUUCUGCUCUCCUCCAAAGGAACAAAACCUGCAUUGUAUUCUGCAAUUUUUAAACUCUGCACUACUGUUCGUCAGUUGCUUCUAUCAGAUAAAGCUGCACAGUUAUCAUAUAUAGAUAACCAGAAAAUGACAUCACGAGCUACAGAUGGAUUUGAUGCAACAGCCAGAGGUAAAAUCAGAUAUAUAGGUGGUUAUGCUGUUGCCAAGCUCAAAUACAACUAUAUGUGCCAAGUUAAAUCGAAUAUGUACAAAACCAGUGCAUUGGGCGUUAGUAAAUUUAACACAGCGUCAGUAAUGGUGGAGUUCCUAGAGAAGAUGACAGUUAGUGAGCACCAUUUGAUUGCUGUAACUGAAGAUCCAGGAAGUCUAUCAGAAACCUCAAGAAAACAGAAUAUUAAUAGAGGUCUGACAAAUAUCUCUGACCAAUGUUACCACUGUUUUGAAAGUAUUGUAACAGCAUCAUUGAAUGAACUAAGUUCAAAAAACUUGGUCAAACAUGGAAAUAGUCUUCAUGAUCAUGUAAUUAAGACCCUUGAAGAAAAUAACCAGUUUUUUGCAAGCUUUUAUAAAAUGUGUAGUGGAAAUAAUGCAAACCCAGCUUCAAAUGACAACAUCAGAACACUUUACAGAGAGUGCAUAUACAAGGUAUCCUCAAUACUAUUGAAGCAGUUUUCAAGGGAUUUUAUGGAGUCCUGCAACACUCGUAAGAAAAUGGAACACCGUAAACAAAUCCAAGUUUCAGAAAAAAAGACCGCUCACAAUACACAUUUCAAACAAACCAAAAGUCUCAACCCUAUUUCUAUUACUACUACAGAACAGCCCGGCACAUCUGGAGUGUCUUCAAAAAAAAGAUCAUCAUCAACACAUUCAAAUCAUACUUUUCUAGGCGCGUUGGCUUCUUCAGAACAGCCAGGUUCAUCUGGAGUGUCUUGUAAAAAGAAGUCUUUAAAAACACAAACAGCAGUGAAAAAGACUAAAAGAGCUGCAAGUCAGGAAAAAACUGAGAAACCGCCAGAGAAUGAUGAUGGUGAUGAGGAAAGGGAGGAGGAGGAAGAGGAGUCAUGUUACAAAUGUGGUAAAGCCUACACUGAAAAUGAAGAAUGGAUAGCUUGUGAUAUAUGUAACAAGUGGUACCAUCGACGGUGUUGUGGGUUAUCUAGUUUAACAAAAUGGAAGUAUUACACAAAAGUAAACAGAAAGUUCUGUUGUCCAGAAUGUGAAUAAUAUUGUCAUUUGUUUGACCCAUUACAUAACAAUAACAAGA